AAGUCUGGCUCAAGGAAACCAUCGGCAGCACCGCUCAAGGCGAGCUUGACUCGAUGGCAGCAACAGCGUCCCCGAAAGCAGCUGGGUCCGAAGGAUUUCAACUGGAUGAGGAGAAAGACCUUACCUCACUUGGACUGAGGAAGGCAAUUCUCAAAGGACGGCACCCGCAGGCCUUAAAAACUUUAAACCAGAUGCACUACGGUGCACUCACUUUCGGAGAUCGAUGGAAUAGGUGGCAGAGAGCCAACAAACUUUGGCUAGCUUGUUGUUGCAGCUCCAUUGGAGGCCGACCAUGGCACACCAGAAACCCUCAGAAAAAGGCGGUGCGAGUGCGUCGAAAUCAGAGCUCUGAGGUCAGUCCAGCCGUCCGGCGCCGGAGCGUGGCGCUGGGCUCGGACCCCGCCAUGCGGGAGAUGGUGCACUUUGUGGGGAGCCAUGAGCAUGACAGCCGGCUGCAGGACGGCUGCAAACAUCCGGAGCAACAUCCUGAAGGACCUUCCUGAGAACUUCAAGGAGGAGGUCGAAGUCUUGCGGCAAGCCGAGGCCUUCGAGGACAACCGUCCGCUGCCCGUCACGAGUACGGGCUUGCUGGAUGGGCCCUCGGUGGAUGCACGGCUGGCCUGGCGCCAAGAGAUGGACCGCCAGGUGAAACGACUCCUGCAGGACACGCACUUUGCGCUGGAUGAUCGGCUGGACGAGGAGGUGAAGCACAUCUUGCGGGUGAACCACGCGGACCGCAUGUACGACGACUGGUAUGGGAAGCACGGCAUGAAGCAAGCACGGAAGGAGCGGGUGGCGCCCUCCCACCUGCGCUUCAACCACGAGGACCCGGUGAUGCCGGGGUCCCUUCGCCGGCCGAAGGAGGUGGCACCUGCCUUGCUGGCGCCAGCACAGGUCAUCGAGGUGCCGCGGGAGGUGCCCCACUUCCCCAGCCCGAAGGUCGAGGAGUCGCGCCCGGCGAGCCGCAGCGUCGCCACGCCGAAGACCCUGCUGACCGCGGGCCGCGCCACGGUGAAACCGGUCUCGCCGCGGGUCUCCCCAAGGGCCAAGAAGCCGCAGACACCGGGGGAGAUGCAGAAGACCCGGACCGGCUUGUGGCGAAUUUGAUGCCGUUCCCUCGAACGAGGGAACGGCAUUCUGCACAGUGCACUGCUUUUUCGCUGGUUUUUCCAGAUCUUUUAUCGACGUUACAAGCGACAAAA